CCAAACGGCUUCCAGAGAUGGAUUACCUUGCUUUCCUCUUGGCUAUUCUUUAUUUAUACAAAGCUCGAUGUGAAGAGAUAUUUUGGGACACAACUGUUAAACUUGCUAAGAAUAUGAGCUUAGAAUGUGUAUAUCCAUCAACGGACACUUUAACCCAGAUGGAAUGGUUCAAGAUCAAGCAGCUGGAGAGAGAGUCCAUAGCCAUUUUCAACCCUACUUACCGUGUGAUCCUAAGAGAGCCUUAUGCUGAUAGGGUUUACUUUUCAAACCUAACCAUGACCUCUAAUGAUAUGACCCUGACCUUCCAUAAUGCCUCUGAGGUGGACGUUGGCUUCUAUUCCUGCUUUCUUCACACUUUCCCACACGGAACCUGGGAAAAGGUGAUACAGGUGGUUCCAUCAGAUGGUUUUGAGAUAGCUGUGCCAUCAAAUAGCCAUACGGUCUCAGAACCUGGGAAAGAUGUCACGCUCACCUGCCAGCCUCAAAUGGAGCGGCUGUUACAAGAAGUCAUGUGGGAAAAGAUCCAGCCCCAUCAGAUUGACCUCUUAACUAGCUGCAACUUGUCCCAAGGAAGAAGUUACACUUCAAAGUACCCAAGACAGAUACUGAGCAACUGCACCCAGAGAAUGAGAAGGGCCUUCCUCACCAUGCCCCAUGUUACGGCCUCUGACUCAGGACUCUACCGCUGCGGCUUCAAAGCCAGCACAGGAGAAACUGAAACCUUCAUGAUGAGAUUGACCAUAACCAAUAGUAAAACCAAUAACCAGUACAUCCUCUUCGUGGCUGCAGGGGCAGUUUUGUUGCUGUUGGUUUUCCUGAUCACCACCGCCAUCGUCGUUUCUCGUAAGAGAAAAAGAAGGAGACAGAAAAGAGGCCUAUUUAAAAAAGAGUACUGGGACACACAGAAUAGGGCAACCAACAACUACAGAAGCCCCGCCCCUGCCAGUCAACCGUCAGAUGGUGCAGGAGAGGAUAUUUAUGUCAACUACCCAACCUUCUCUCGUAGACCAAAGACUAGAGUCUAAGCUUCUCCCUUCAUCUGGGCAUACUAAUGAUGACUAUUAUGUACAUGGAUCUUUACAC